UCCAAAAUGGGAAGACAACCUUGUUGUGAUAAGGUUGGUUUGAAGAGAGGUCCAUGGACUAUUGAGGAAGAUCACAAGCUCAUGAACUUCAUCCUCAACAAUGGUAUCCAUUGUUGGAGAAUGGUUCCAAAACUUGCAGGUCUUCUAAGAUGUGGAAAGAGCUGCAGACUAAGAUGGAUUAAUUAUCUGAGGCCAGACCUCAAGAGAGGUGGUUUUACUGAAAUGGAAGAGGAUCAAAUUAUACAACUGCAUUCAAGACUUGGUAACAGAUGGUCUAAGAUUGCUUCACAUUUUCCUGGGAGGACCGACAAUGAAAUCAAGAACCAUUGGAACACAAGAAUCAAAAAGAGGCUGAAGCUCCUUGGUGUGGACCCUGUGACCCACAUGCCAACUGAACAAAAGGAUCACAUUGAUGAGGACAAUAAUAAUACCAAACUACAACCAAAUGUUUCCCAAGGUUCUGAAGACAAUGUGGAGAUUAAAUCCUUGGAAAGUGAUGGCACCAAAGAAAUGACAAAAGCAGAAGGGAAAGGAGAGGAAAACAUGGUGACUUGGGAUGACACUGCUGAACUUUUAAACAAUUUUGAAAUGCUAUGCUCACAAUUGGAUAUGGGAUCAUGGGUGAGCCAAGAAACCAACACUAGUACUAAUUCUUUAUGUAGUUCCUCUGUCUCUGUGGAUGAUUCUAGCAACCUUUCAAUGGGUGAAUCCACUUACCUUCAGGAAAACUCCUUAAAGCAAUGGGUUGAUAGUAUGGAUUCCAUUCUCUCAUGGGAUGGUUUCAACCCUCUUGACCAAGAUAUUUUCUUCAUGGAAAAUAGGGAAUAAGCAUGACUACCUCUUACAAGCUGCCCCUACCUUUACAAUCU